GAACGUAGAAGUUCGGAUUCGGAGACGACUUCUCUGUUUCUGAUUAGAAAUGGGCAGAAAUUUCCUUUUUCAUCAAAGAUUCGAAUCUCCUUGAUGUACCGGAUGAGAUUUGGGAUUUGCGACUGGAAAUUAUUGAUUCAUGCACCAAUGGAUUGGAGCUCAGCCCCACAGAUGGCUCUGUGAUAACCUUCCAAUGAUUGCCGCUUCAUUCUCUCUGAAACGGCGGGCCAAUCCACGUCCCAACAUUAACGAACUCGUAAGCUGGUCCUCAUUCUAUAUCCCUUCUUGCCUUUCUUGGUGAACUUCGUUUUUUCACUUGUCGUCAUCUAGAAUCUAGAUUCUCCUUCAAAAAGAGUUGGGACCUACCAUUUCCCUGGUAAAAGCACUUUACAGAUUCUUAUAACGUUUCCUUCCUGAUUGCAAUGAUCUGUUGGAGAUUUCGAUUUAAGAAAUGAGGUAUAAUUAUCAAUCAUUAGUUCAUAAUCUAUGGGGAUUCAGAACUAGUAUGGUAUAUCUAAUUUGUAUCUGGGAAGAGAGGAAUUGGUAUAUUUUGCACGCGUAAUAAGUUGAUUUGUUCGGUAUGUUGCUACAGUCUACAGAGACAGAUUUUUUAUUCCGUCUAUCGUGUAUUGAUCUUAUUAUGGCUACCUCUGUUUAAUGGAGAUAUUUGUCUAUCAAUUGUGCGAUUUGGAAUACUGACGAGGUAAUUGGUUGGAUUUUUGGCGAUAUGGAGAUCCGGCGGCUUCUCAUUAUCAUAAUUAUGAUACUUAUUACUGUCUUUUCUUUCCAAUAUUCUGUGUUUCAGUACACAAAAAGUUUAAACGAUAAGGCCUCAACUCUUAUGAUGGUUCAGAAUGUCUGUCAUAUGAACAAUUUAGGACUUUGUAGAUUUGAUACAGUUGAUACGGGUAUUAACAACUUGGAUACAAAGGAAAAUGUUGAUUAUGAUACUAACAACAAGGUAAGAACAGAAGUUGUUGAUUUGACCUCAAAAUUCUUGAAGAAAGAGUCCUUUGAUGAGGAGGAAAAGAGUAAUCUGACAGAGGAUACUGUUGUAAGGGAAACGAAUGCAGAAUUAAGUUACAGUCCACUGAUGAAGGGAGAUGUUUUAGAAGAUAGUAACAUGACAGCCGAUGAAGGAAAAGCCACUAGCAGUCCAGGUGUGAGUGAAAUUGGAAAUCAAAGCAUAGUUGUUUCAAAACAAUCCCAUGGAACUAUGAACAAUAGCAUUAAAAAGGUUGAUCAUAAAUAUUCUAACAUUUCCGCGACUCCAGAUGCAUCUGCUGGCCAAGAAGAGGAUACAAAAAGCAGUAUGGAAGAAUUAGAAAACGAUGAUGGAAUUGUGCCAGGGAAGAAAGAUUCAGUUGUCUUGAAUGACAGAAAGGUGGGGCCAGACAUAUCAACAUUGAGUGGGCCAUUUAUAUCCAUAUCUCAAAUGUAUUCAAAGCUAUCAAGGGCUCACAAGUCUUCUUGUUUGAAGAGGCGGCAAUGUCCACAGACAUCCCGACGUGAUCGUGAACUACACUAUGCAAGACGGGAGAUUGAAAAUUCUUCUGUGUUAAGGAGCACUCCAGGAAUUAAUGCUUCUAUUUUCAGAAACAUUUCCAUUUUUACAAGGAGUUACGAGUUGAUGGAAAAAAUGCUUAAAGUCUAUAUAUACGAGGAAGGAGAAAAACCCAUUUUCCAUCAGCCUAUAUUGACUGGAAUAUAUGCCUCAGAAGGAUGGUUUAUGAAAUUAUUGGAAGAAAACAAAAAGUUUACUGUGAAGGACCCUAAGAAAGCUCAUUUAUUUUAUUUGCCCUUCAGUUCACAGUUCCUAAGGGUCGCAUUUGGAAACAAAUUCCGCAACAAGAGGGAUCUACAAAAGCUUCUCAGGAAGUACAUUGACUUAAUUGGGAAGAAGUAUCCUUUUUGGAAAAGAAGUGGAGGAUCAGACCAUUUUCUUGUUGCUUGUCAUGACUGGGCUCCCAAGCUCACAAAGCGUUUGGUGAAGAACUGCAUCCGAGCACUCUGCAAUGCAAAUGCUGCUGCAGACUUCGAAAUUGGAAAAGACACCAGUUUACCAGUAACUUUUGUACAUUCAAACAACAGCCCCAUAGACGAUAUCGGUGGGAAACCUCCUUCCGAAAGGACCACGUUGGCAUUCUUUGCUGGGAGCAUGCACGGUUAUCUCCGGCCUAUUCUUCUACACUACUGGGAAAGCAAAGAACCUGACAUGAUGAUUGUUGGCCCAAUGCCUCAUAGCAUUGAAGGGAAAAGUGCCUACAUGAAGCAAAUGAAGAGAAGCAAGUAUUGCAUAUGUGCUCGAGGCUAUCAAGUUCAUACGCCUCGGGUGAUCGAAGCAAUUCUCAACGAGUGCAUCCCUGUGAUUAUAUCAGAUAAUUACGUCCCUCCCUUCUUCGAGGUAUUGAAUUGGGAAUCAUUCUCGGUGUUUGUUAAAGAGAGAGAUAUACCGAAUUUGAGAGACAUUCUCCUCUCAAUCCCAGAGGAGAACUACCUUGCAAUGCAUUCAAGAGUGAAAAUGGUGCAACAACACUUCCUUUGGCACGAAAAGCCUGCAAAGUAUGAUGCAUUUCACAUGAUCCUUCAUUCAAUUUGGUACACGAGAGUGUUUGAGAUCAAAACCAACUGACAUUAGACAAAGUUUGAUUCUGGAUUUAACAAGACACUCAAUUGUUACAAUGGUAGGCCUCAUCCAUGUUCCUAAUGUAGUUUGUACAAGUCUUGAAUGAGGGAAGGAAAUUAGUUUUGGUUA